AUGUAAACUUCAUCUGCCCUUCACGUGAGCAAGUUCAAAGAAAUAUCAUAUUAACCAGUCUUAAAAUAGCUGCAUGUAUUACUAAAUUAAAUGUCAGAAUGGGUUGUGCUCCAUCAUCACAAAGCCUUCAAGUCAGUGACAAUGAAACCCGUCUCCUGCAAGAAAUCGACCGCUUGAGAUUUGAACAGCAAACACAGCAAUUUGAAAUCAGCAAAUUGCAUCAAGAAAAUGAAAAACUGCGGGAAGGUCAAGUUAACGGUGCCCAUGACAAUGUUGAGUUUGGUUAUGAGAUGACAGAAGAAGAUGGUGGCCAUGAGGUUCUUGUGCAGGAAAUUGAGAAACUAAAGCUGGAGCAACAUGAAAGGGACAGAGUGAUCAAUGAUCUAAGACUAAAUAAUGAGGAGUUAAAUAGGAAGCUCUAUGAGAAUGAACAACAAGCCCAGGUAUUUAAUUUUAUAAUGAGUUUGUCUCAAGUUCAUUAAUACAAAUGCUGUCAAUUUGUGUGAAGAUUUAAGUUAAGUGUUUGAUGUCAAUAUCCUUAAUGCAAGUAAAGUUAUUUUUUUACCAAUUCUUUUUUUGGGUUGUCUGUUUUAGUGUUAUGUUGUUUAGGGGUGAAAUAAAUCCUGUUGAGCCUUAUUUAGGUUAGUUUCCUUUAGGAGAUCAACUUUGAUUUUGUGACCAAAAUCCCUAUUCCUUUCAUGUUAGGGUCCCCUCAAAGCAUUUUCUUUGGGCCCUAAGAUAUCAACCUUCUUUAGUGUUUUUUUUUUUUUUUUUGUGGGGGGUUGUUAGGGUCCCCUCAAAGCAUUUUCUUUGGGCCCUAAGAUAUCAACCUUCUUUAGUGUUUUUUUUUUUUUUUCUGCGGGGGGCGUGAAGGGAGGGGUUACAUUCUGUAUGUUUCUCCGACAAAACAAACUAUUUCCAACUGGCUUAAAAUGUCGUAGUAGGCUAAAUAAGUAUGACAUUCAAACUGUGAAUUGUGAAUUAACUAACCUGAUUUUUUUGUGUAUGUGUGUUUUCUAGUCCAUUCCCACAGCAUUUAAUCCAGGUGCACCCGCAAAAACUAGGAAUUUGCCCAAAGUUGGAGAUCCAGUAAGAAUAAAUUAUUGAUUAGCUCAAUAUAUGAACUUUUUAGUUCUACCACCAAAUGAACUUGAAAAUAUUAGUACUGUCCUUACAUCUGUGAUCUUUUCUGGACCUUUGCAUUGCCUGGUUCUAUUUUCAUUUUGUUCUCUAUAAAUCUGGUACAUGUAGAAAAUAAAAAGCUUUUUACCACAAUAAUGAGACAAUGAAUUUGAUUUACAUCUAAGAUUUUAAAUCAUGAAAAUGAAGUUUUACUCAAUCUUGCCCCAUUUAAAGAUGACUGAAGCAUGAGUCAGCGUAAUUUGUAUACAGUUCUAUUCUACAGGUAAUUUCCCUAGCAUAGAACAAACUUGUUUGUAAUUUGUUUGAGGUGUUGAAAUUCCAUCUCUUCUAGGUGCUAGCCAUGUGGGAGGUGAGCCCAUGGCAGUAUUUUACAGCCACCAUUGUCUCAUUUGACUCCAAUACACUCCAGUACACCAUUGUGUGGGACGACCAAGAUCCAUCUGGCAGAAUUGUGGAUUACUACAAUCUGGCCCUGGAUCGUGUACCAGAACAUGAUGAGAUCGCCAUUGGAUCGGUUGUCCUGUUUCCUCAAGGGAAGUACAAGGGACAGGAGGGUGUGCGACUUGGUGGACAGCGCUAUCAUCAGGUCAAUAAAAAUAUUUUAAUUAUUUUAUUUUUAUGGUUGCUCGUCUGUAUUGAUAGUAAAUUAUCAUGUUUCUUAUUUGUUAUUUUGUAGGGAAGAAUAACCAAUGUUUAUGAUGGCCCUGGAGGUGAAAAACGUUAUGAUGGUGAACAUACCAAAAGCGAUGCCGAUGGCAAAUGGAUUACGUACAAAGACUAUAACCGUUAUUUCUAUGGAUUAGAACUUCAUCAAUUCCGCAUCUCCCCCAAUGUGCUUGAAAUUCUUUCUGCCCAGAAUCCUGAGCCAACCAGUAACCAGCAGAGUAGGGCAACACGCUCAAAUCCAUGUGACAUAUUCAUUUCGUACACAAAGGUAAACUUAUUGACCAUGAUACUUACAGUUUUUGGCACCGUCAAAAUGUUUACAUUUUUGCUAAAAUUAAUAUGAGUCAACAGUCGCGUCUCGUUUCCUGCAGCACAAUGUGUAAAGCAUUGUAUGCUACAAGAUUCUCAUUACAUAGCAUGAGAGUCAGUGAAGUGGCAAUUUUUGGCGAAAGUUAUUGAAAGCCUGUACUACACGAAAACAACUAAUUUUGCAUUUACUACCUUUUUGGUACUGUCAUGCACUUAAACAAUAGAACUAUUCAGCUAACUCAAUGUCGUACCCAAUUCAAAUCUCCCGGGGUUAAGAUUCUUUGUGUUGUAUUUGAAUUAUGUGGCAUUCACAUUUAAAUGAUAUGGAAAUUCCUGAAACAAACCAUUUUAUUCCCAAAGGGUUUGAAUUGGGUACAACAUUGAGUUAGCCAAAUAGGUCUAUUGCAUUGGCUACAUUGCAGGAAUCGCAUAAGGCACAAACUGAUUUUUGUCAACAUUCUUUUGCAUAAAAUUGUUUUAAUUGACAGGUUAACAGCCCUUCUGCUAUUAGAAAUCAAGAGGUGAUGCCUUCUGAUGCCCCACCCAGUUACGACGAAGCCGUACUGUCCAGCAUUUGCGACCCACGUGACAUCAGAUUUCAACUGGAAAGUUGUGGAGUAACUUUGAAUAAGGAGAAACAAGGAGCUGACGCCCUGAUUCAGACUGUUCAAGAGAUAAACACAGCCAAGGUGUUUGUGGCAUGCCUCAGUGAUGAAUACGUGAAGUGAGUGCUGCUCUAUUGGCAGAGCAAAAAAACUGUCUGCAUGUGUGAAAAGUGACUGAAUGCAUUCCGCAGGGUUUUGAAUGGCUCAGAGUUGUUUUAUCUCUACUAUCGCUCUUCUUGUUAGAUUGAUUCAGUUUUAUUUUUGGCUCAUUUAAUAAUUCAUAUUUUGGUUAUUCGCACUCUUUAUUAGUGUGACUAUUAACUGUGGUCUGGUAAGGGUCCACUAAAUAGUUAUUUGAGGUCCUUAAUGUCUGAAAUAAAAUUAAAUAACUUAAGUACGUUUAGUUAAAAAAAAACACAAGAUGAAUUUAGCAGGAAAUUGCUAUUAUUGAGGACACUAUUUUAAGUCUCCUAAUGGAGACAGGACUGUCAUUUCACAUGGUCAUUUGAGCCAUGGAAAGGUGUAGCCAUUUGCAAAGCAAAGCAGUACUCUCAUUUCUCUCGGUUAUUUUAAGACCCAAAAUAUUGGUUCGGACCUCAGGAUUGAACCAGUGCCCUCUUAGUCUGGGGGCAAGCUCUCCAUUGGGGAACUUGCAAGAAGUCACGCAAGAGCAGCCGCUGGCUUGCACGUUCUCAGGCUCACUCACCAUAAAUGGAGAGCUUGCUUGCAAUCUAGUGACCUCCUGUUCUGCCGUAAGGCGCCCUACUGACUGAGCUAGUCCCCCUGCGGUUAGUAUACUGGACACUUCUUAUUAACUCCUAAGUGUUGACCCUUAGGGAUGAGAUUUGUCGCCAGGAGUUUCAAUAUGCUAAGAAAACAGCCAAGAAACCUGUGAUCCCUAUUGUUGUGGGCAGUGGAUCAUUUGACUGGAUGAUGACAGUGGUAGGACUACUUAUCGCUGGUGAGAUUUAUAUUCACUUCAGUAACAAAGAUGUCCAGGAGGCUAAAAUGGCUGAGCUGCUGAAAGCGGUGAAGAAGAGUGUUCCACAGGUUGCUCUUCCUGGUGAAAUGGGAAGCGUGCAAGGUGAGUUUCACAUGAAUUGUUAUUGAAAUUAAAAUAGUGGCAACCCCCCUUAAGUGACAAGAUUUGUGACUUUUCGAUACAUUCAUACUGCUUCGUCAUAACUGGGUGGGGCAUCGGUUGGAAACUCUGCAGUAAUGUGAGCUCACAUCACUGCAGAGUUUCCAACCGUUAGUAGGUGUUCUUUUCUGAACCACCUUAACUGUUCGAAAAUUUAGACGCGUAGCUGUUCAAAGUGCGGUGUGAACGGAGCGAAAAUGCUGAACGGUCCCAUGUGAACGAACUGGCCGGUCACAUUUUUCAGCCGGUCAAAAAUUCGCCCUUUGCCUUGUGAACGUAGGCUGAAUUCCAUAGCGAGUAAGGGCAGGUAGUUGGCGAUAAUCAACAACAGAAGCUUAAGCAACAACGAGGGCGACAGCUACAAAAACGUCACUUAAAAAGUGAGUUCGCGCUGCUUCAAACUUUAUCGCGCUUAUUCCAUUUAUUUCGUUUGCUUCGUCAAAUUUUGGCAAAUGUGUUUGGAGUUGGAUUCUAAAGGACUGUAUCAAAGUGCAGGAAAAGAAAAAGAAAGUUGUUGUCUUGUGUUCUCGUCCUCAAUAAAACGUGAAUUUAGGAACUUUCACGUUGUAGUCGUGCAACAACGGCAAAGAAAUGUACAAAAAAAGCGUGAUGCACGUGCAAAGUUGUUUUUGCUAAUCUAAACCUAUUGCUUUUUUGCCGUUCUCGUUGCUGUCGCCCUCGUCGUUACUCAAGCUCCCUAAUGUGGACUGGACUGUCGUGUCUUAGCCCCUUUAAUAUGUGUUUUCUUUCCUCAGAUUUACAAACUUCAGAAGUGUCUGGACCAGGAACGAAGCCACUCAAAACUGCAGAUGUCUUUGUGAGUUACUGCUGGUCAAAUUCAGAAAGUGCUCUCAGGUCUAAGCAAGUAAGUAUGGCACAGUCUUACAUUUUAGAACUGAAAAACUGACAAAGGAUCGAAAAGAAGCCCUGACAUGUAAUUAACCCAAAUUCAGCCAUUAGGAACUGACCAUCAAACCAAGUGUAAGAACGUUUUUAACCAAAUGAGUCAGAAAAAAGAACACACGGAUGAAAAGUAAGAUUGAAACAGAUUACAAUUGGGGUUCUUUAAAUUUGUUAGCUUGAAAAAAGGGCCGACAUCUCGCGAUGCCACCUCUGAUAUCCCCUCAAAAAAAAAAAACAUCUGAGAGACGAGCGUAGAGAUGACGUACUGAUGACUUGUUACUACCUUGAUCUGGGUAGUGCUUCAAAUUGGUUGAAGCAAUUUUUUUUUUAUCAGUUAUCACAGACGCAUAUGCUUCUGGUUAUCAUCAAUUAUUGCUUUGUUUCGCGUAUCCCUUGUUCCUUCUUGUUCCUUCUUGUUCUUCUUGUUCCCCCUCUUUCUCCUUGUUCCCCCUUAUUCUUUUGUUCCCCUUGUUCCCCCUUGUUCCCCUUUGUUCCCUUGUUCCCCUUGUUUCCCUUGUCCCCCCUUUAUCCUCUUGUUCCGCCUUUUUCGCCUUGUUCCCCCUUGUUCUCGUUUGUUCCCUUAUUCCCUCUUGUGCCCCUUGUUCCCCUGUUUCCCUUGUUCGUUUACAGUUUACGACUUUGAAUGUUUGACAAUCACAAAUCUCAGUAAAUAAAAAAACCGAUCACCAUUUAGGAGAAACCCCCUUAAAAGCCGGAUACCGAGUCAUAAACACGUUACCGAAAAGGUUCUUCACCUGAUCUAGUGAAGACAGUUAGUGUAGGAAAUUCGAAAAGUCAGGGCAAAAUUACGAGAAAACGAAACUAAUGAUUCGCCCGAAUUACUCGGACUUUAUCAGCUUUGUAAAGUGACAGGUUGCGUAAGAGUUUUUUACAAUGUUUUCUACUCCAUAAAAACUCAUUGGCAAAUAGACAACUGAAAAAAUAAAACAGUGAUUGGUCUUAAUCUAAACGGUAUCUUUUUACCAGGUAAAGGAUUUCACUGGUUCCCCUUUUGCUGACGCCAGGAAAGUUCACGCAAGUCUUGCUAAUUUUGGCAAGUUCUCUUUGUGGAUUGACACGGAGCGACUUAAAACCACCAAUCAGAAUGAUGAGUCUUUGGGGAUGGUAAGUAGUGUUGUGUUACAAUUACGAAUUUAGAAAAGUUUGUAAUUGAACGUCAAAAAUAAUUCCUUUGGAUUGUGUGAAAAUCUUACACCGUCUGGCUUUCCCGCACUUUGCCGCGCACCCCUCAUUCAAAUCUCAGAUUGGUUCUGAUUGGUUCAUUGGAUUGUCUUGCGCCCUAGUCUCCCCAUAAUAUGGCCUGGUGUCGAUGCCUUAUUUGGGCUGAGUAUAAUGCCCAGGGGGUGCUCCCUUAUAUAAGCGACUUACGUAUGUGUCGCCCGAAAGGGUAGGGUUUUUGCGCCGUUUUGGUCUGAAAACGGUUAUAGAUUUUGCUCGUUUUGGACUGGAAUCGGGCUUAGUUUUUGAGGGAACAAAGGAAGUGUAUGAACGUAUUUAUCGUUUCAAUUGCAAAUGAGUAAGAAAGAAAGAGGAAUAUGAAAAUUCGACAUUGAUUUUAAGAAAUCUUUUUUGUUAUUGUUCUAAUGUAAGAAAUGAUUUGCCUAGUCCCUAUACGGCGUCUUUCCAGGCCCUCUCGGUCGAUGCAUUUCGGUGACGUAUCCGAGACGAAGGGCCGGGAGGCCGGGAGACGCCUCAAAAACUUUCUCGGACCACGUGACCCGAAACGCAUUGGCUGCGCAUAAUAAUGAGGCCUAGGGACUAGGCAAAGAAAUGAUGACAUAAUUUCCUAGCGGCCUGGUCUGAGAAUGGGUCUUGAUUUUAGAGGCCGGGUCUGAUAUAGGGUCAGGAUUCGGAGAACCAGGCGGCACACCCCACCAAAAACUCCGAGGAGUAUCACACCACCACAUGGGAUUAAUGUUGGUUCUCUUCUUUGCUCUGAGAGGGUUUUCUCUGGGUACUACCGUUUUCAUCUCUCCUCAUGAAACCAACAUUUCCAGACGCCAAUUCCGUCUCAAAAGUGUCUGCAAUCAGUUGCGGACGCUUAGAGAGCGACAGGUAUAUCAGUUCUUGUAACUGUCACGAAUCAACCUCUACAAAUAACUUUAGUUGGGUUUGGUUUUUAUUUAUAGGUAGUAAAUUAAUAGUAUUAUUUUUUUACAUUAGUAGUAGUAGCAGUAGUAGUCAUUUUUUCCUUUUAUGUGUGUUUAGUUUGCGCAGAUCGCCGAAGGACUUGGAAAGGCUAAAGCAGUACUGGCCUUUGUGAGUAAACAGUAUGCAAACAGUGAAAACUGCCGAAUGGAAAUCCAGUUUGCUAUAAAGGUAGGCACAGUAAAAACAAACUUGGGUAUGAGACUACCUUGGAAAAUUGAAAGCCGUUGAUAUAUUUUCCUUUGAUCCUUGAGGCGAGGAGAUAUUUAUUUGUUAUUCUUCUACCACAGUAGAAAAUAAAAGAGAUUACAAGUAACAGAAAUUGGAAAGGGUUUAUGAGUAUAUAUGUAGCGCGACUUUACAGUAAUCAUACGUGAUUUGUUCUUUUAGUCUCUAAAGAAACCAGUGGUUCCGGUGAUCGUGGGCGCAGAUGAUGACUGGCAGAGUACAGUAGUGGGAUUGCUGGUUGCUGGUCAAGAUAACCCUGCCAUUAACUUACAGAAUGUUCAGUCUGAAGGGGAAUUUUAUCAGAAAGUACAAGAAAUUCAGUAAGUGACCAGAGACAGAUCAGAGUGAAAGCUUUAAUUUUCUUACAUUGGAGAGGUUUGGUAUUUUUCGAGAGUAAUUUGAUAGGUAUUUGGUCUUUUUAUUUAAUCAUUUUUUGCGACUGGUUCACUUUGUCGACCACUCACGAGUAAGACCAAAUACAUGGUUUGGUGGCCAGAUGUUGCAUGUCCCAUGAAACGUAUUGUCUUGUACACUUUGUUAAACUAGUGAAUUAUUCCAGUUUGCUUUCAUGCUUAGCACUUUCUAUUACCUUUCGGUUGAAUGUGAUAGGUAUAUAUUUGCUUUUUUAAUACAUUUUUUAUUACGGUCCGUGGAAAAACAGCGUUCUGUUCUCUUGCAGGGCAGCCAUUUUGCCUUUGCUUGGUGUUCGGGAGGAGUCCAGAAGCUACCGCGCACCUAGAAUCGGUGACCACGUGAUUUCCCACCACAUGAAGUGGGCAUUCUAUGGUGCGACAAUCGCCAGCUUUGACCGAGAGACCAUGUCAUACACGGUGAACUGGGACGACGGGGAUCCAACAGGAAAAGUUCAAUCUUAUAAGGUGGAGUGCAAAUUCUGAUAAAUGCUUGUGCGAGGUUGAUUAGGCUGGCCCUUUCUUUUAAGCUUUAGAAUAGCAUACUGGAUAGUCAUUCAGUCAGCUGGUCAGUCUGUUAGUCUCUCAGUCAGCCAGUCAGUCAGUUAAUAGCCUGUUCACAGACUCUCUCUUUUUUUUUCAAAGUCCGUUGAGCGUGGGUGAUAAAAAAUAAAAACCGCGGGGGAUUUAUUGACCGCCAGCGCAAGGAGGUAGGGGUGGGGGAAGAAGAAAAAUAGACGUUCUUUAUUUUUCCUUCUCGCGCGCUCGCCGAUAUUUUCGAAAAGAACGCAAGGAAAAAUAAAACAACUUCUGUGUACAGGCUAGUCAGGCAGUCAGUUUGUCUGUUAAUCUUUCAGUCAGUGAGUCAUUCAGUGAGCCAGUCCGUCUUUUAGUCUCUCAGUCACUUAGUCAGACUGACUUCAGUUAGUCAGUCUGUAAAUCAUUCAGUUAGUCAGUCUGUAAAUCAUUUUCAAUCAGCCAGUCUCUCAUUCACUCGUGGUCUGACAAUCAGCCAGUCAGUCAAUUCGCAAUCUCAAGCAGUCAGUCAGUUAGUCACUCUGUCCCUGAAUCAGUCCGUUAGCGAAUGUGUCAAUCAUUCACUUAGUCAUUCACUGAUCACUAAUUUUGCUUGCUUGUGAUCUUAGGACCUGGCUAUUGAUCAGGUGCCCACCGUAGACCAAGUUGGUGUGGAUUCAAUCGUAUUCUUCCCCCAGGGAUCGUACGGAGCCACAGAAGGAAAUAACACCGGAGGAAUAAGGUUUCACCAGGGGAUUGUCACACGCGUCUGGAAGGUUCGUUACUCCUUUUUAAGAGCUCCCUGGUCCUUUUCUUAUUAUAUGUUUGGAAGCGAAAUAUUUUUUUAGUAGUUAUCAUCGAUAUUGAGACCCUGUUUUACUUGCAUCACCAUUAAGUUAUUGGUUGUUUACCAUUUACAAAAAGUUUCCGGAAAAUCCAGUUGGAGAGUAAAUGGAACACGACUUUCUAAGUCGUUCUAGGGGAAAAUUUCCGGGAGCAACGGAAUCUCUGAAAAGGUAGUCCUGUUUUUCCGGAUGGAAUAUUUCAAACGGAAUUCGUGUUCAUUUCUUCUUCAAAGCCAUCUUUGAUUUGUACAUAUGGAAAACGGGAUUCUGGAACGAAAUUUACCAGUCGAAAAUUUUGCUUACCAUUUGCCGAAACCGUGGAGCGACUGGUUUGCCUAUGUGAAUGGUAAACAACUAUCCUGUAAGGGUGCUUUCCACAAGUCAGAACUGGCCGGCCGGACCAUGGCCAGACCAGUCAUUUUGUAAAUGAAACAGACUUUUUCCAAGGGUUUUUGCUGAAAAACAAAAACUAUCUCCUAAUUCUUCCCCCAGCCACAAAAUUAACCCAAUAUUGGUUACCCUGUGCUUCAUCGUAACGAGCGUAAUAUUAUUUGCGUUCGUCUCAGGACCCCUCUGGCGUCACCCGAUAUGAUGGCCACCACACCAAAGGAGAUGAUGACGGCAAAUGGGUCACAUACAGUGGAUACGAAUACAAUUUCCAAGGAAUACCGCUGGAAAAACUUAGGAUCUCACCUAAUGCCAUGGACGCACUGAUGGCGUGCCAACAGGCGUUCAGUUGA